CAUUCUGCUAUCAUACCCACUUCAUGACAUGACAAGACAACGACUUUUAAUCACGAUAAGGAUGUGAUAGUAUUUUAUUUUCGACAAGAUAUACAUGUACACGUAGUGUUUAUAUUACAUUGGAGAUAUAAUCGGAGAUUUGGGUGAACAUUCUGUGCGAAUGAAAAGGUAAUUACCUAACUUUAUUGAAUGCAACAUUUCCCAGACUGACAACAAUGGCGUGAUGGAAAGCGACCGACAGCUGCUUAGCGAUCACCUACCAACGUUAUUAUAAUCGUGUCCAUUCAAAAGAAUUCCAAGUAAAUGUUACAUUUUGAUAGACGCCAGAAAGAGUUUUCACGGACGACACAGUCCUGCUAAGUCCGCUGCGGGGUCUCGAAAUGGCGUGCUAACGUUAGCUGAGUUGCUAUCAUCCGCACAGGUUGAAAGUGCUUCUUUAGCCACAUACUGGAUCUGGCCCACAAAGUGUGUGUCCUUUUAGGGACGUUAUUUAGCAUUAUAUAGUUAUUUAGUUAUCGCGCAGCUAAAUAAGCACCAUGGAAGAAAUCAAGACUGAACCUGUGGAUUUUGUGAGGGAAUUCCAGGAGUACCUAACUCAGCAAACGCAGCACGUCAACAUGAUCUCGGGUUCCAUUUGUGAAGAAAAGGACCCAGGUAUGAAAAGCAGUCAGAACAUUUCUUCUCCGUCCUUGAUAUCCAUGGCUCCAAGGAGUGAGCACAAUGGUGUGGACGCCCCAUCCGUGGAGGUAAGCCUACCCGUGGAGGAAGGGUCGGACGUGCAAAUGGACGGCCUGGAAAGGACAUGUGACGGCAAAUACAAGUGCAGCUUCUGCAGCUACGCCAACAAGGGAAUGGCUCGCUUGAUAGAACACAUCCGCAUCCAUACGGGGGAAAAGCCUCACCGUUGCCAGCUGUGCCCCUUUGCCUCGGCGUACGAACGUCACCUGGAGGCCCACAUGCGUUCUCACACAGGGGAGAAGCCGUACAAGUGCGACCUGUGCGCCUUCCGCUGUAGCGACCGCAGCAACCUGUCGCACCACCGUCGCCGGCGCCACAAGCAACUCCCCGCCCGGGUGGCGCGCCCACCCUUCGCUGGCAAGCGUGGCCUGGCCACCCUGCAGAAGCGCAGCAGCUCGCUGGGUUUCGGCAGGCGCCUUCUCCUCAAUUACACACCGCCGCCGCCACCGCCCAAGUCGGACUACGCCGACGACGUGCCUCACAAGAAUCACCACCAUCUGAACAUGAACGACCAAAGGAAUUCUCCCAGGCUGUUGCAGAGUGACUUCAACAGAGGAGCUUUCAACAGCCCGCUGGAGCAGCUGGCUUCAUUGCAGCCGGCCGACCUCCACUCCGGGCCCCCUCGCGUGCCCCCAAACGUUGACGAGAAGCCAAUCGUGAUCCAGGAAGUCACGGGCGCACGCCCCACCUUGUGUUCCAACGGUGUGCAGACCUUAACACCUAAAACCGAAGACCCCGCCUCAGAAUACCAGAGUUCUGCGUCCGGUCUGGAUUUAGACACCCACGAUGAGGCUUUGUGUGCGGGCAGCAGCCGGGCCGGCACGCCCAUCGCCGCCGACGCGGCGGAAUGCGACAAGCCGCAGCGAUGCCCGCAUUGCGACAUCCAUUUCCCCGACAACGUCCUGUACACCAUCCACAUGGGAUGCCACGUCUACGAGCACCCCUUCCGCUGCAACGUCUGCGGCCACACGUGCACCGACAAGUACGACUUUGCGUGCCAUUUCGCGCAAGGACAGCACAGAAAGUAACUCUGACUGAGUUCGGAAUCACUCACAAGCCAACAUACACUACUCCUGAAAAGUUUGGCCUUUCACCCCUGCCUCAAGAAUUUUGCCGUACCGACGUCAUUAUGAUUUUGUUGCCGUUAUUAUGGUUAACUUUGAUGACAUGUUUUGAGCUAAUUUAGCUGACGUAGUUUCUCAAAUCGUGCUUAUGCUCCAAUAGAUCCCAAUCACAUAGCGUGUUUUGAAGGAUUUUGUAUUUCUUUGCAGGAAUGUUGUUUUACAUAGGCAACCACACAUGAAGCUAAAUGAAAGUUGACAGUAUUUUACAUUGGGUUUUUUUAUAGCUUGGGUGAAUUAGCAUGACACACCUUUCAUAGUGCCUGUAAAUUUUGUUUUUAUGUGUAUAUACUGUACUGAGUUUUAAUUUGUUUGUACUUAAUUUUUAAUGUCUACUUGUUUUGUACUUGAAGAAGUAUAAAGGUGAAAAUCUUAAUUUAAA